AUGUCGGGCCUUAUAUCCGAUGCGCGCGGCUCUGCAGAAGUAGCCGCAGAGAACGAAUCACAGCCACGGUUGGUGUUAGCUCCUGUUGGUAGUGCGAGCUAUUUUGCUGAUAACGAGGUCUCUUUUUCUUCCUUUAAUACAGGAUCCAAGGAAUUUCCUGAGCCCAAUGACCAGGCAACUCUGGAAGUCAACUCCGUGUCCGACUGCGAUGACGGUCGCGUGGCAUCCGACGACGAAGUGCGCGCUCUUCUCCAUGUCGUCGACAAGAUUCCCAUUCGGCUAUGGGUCGCCUGUCUGGCAGGUAUUCUGGAGCGAUUCGUAUGGUACGGAGCGACUGCUCCUUUGCAAAACUAUCUGCAGAAUGUACCUGGAGGAGCAGUCCCAGGAGCUCUGGGUCUUGGGCAGGCUACUGCUUCGAAUAUUGUGAAUGCGCUGACUAUUGGGGCUUAUAUUACUCCUAUCCCCGCUGCUGUCAUCGCUGACAGUUGGCUCGCAUUGAAUCCAUUGGCGCGGCCGUUCUAUUUGCAACUUCCUUACCAGUCGCAAUGCAUGACGGUGCGGCUCUGGGGGGGCGUGAUCAGUGCAUCCGUGCUCCUAGCUGUUGGCUCGGGGGCUUUCAAGACGACUGUGGUCCCUUUCAUUGCCGAUCAAUAUGACCAAAACGAGUUUCGGAUCCGGUAUCGAAACGGCAAGAAGGUCGUCGCCGACAGAGACCUCACCAUCACAUACAUCUAUAAUGUGUUCUACUGGGCCGUGAAUGUGAUAUGCUUCCUUGCCGAUUGUACCCCUCUACUGGAGAGAUACAUUGGCUUUUGGCUCGCCUAUCUGAUUCCAUGCUGUUGUAUGUGUCUGGUCCUGAUUCCAAUUCUUAUCGGCCGGAACUACUUUGUGCGAGCACCGCCAACGAGCAACAUGAUGCCCAAAGUCUUUGCAGCUUUGCGCUGUGGGAUCUCUGGUGGUUUCUGCAUGGACGCUGCCAAGCCAGAUGCUCAGCUUCAGCAUGAUCGACAAGUUCCAUGGUCGGACUCUUUCAUUGAAGACAUCAAGCGGAGUCUUUUGACAUGUCGCGUGCUACUUCUUUUCCCGAUUCACUGGCUAUGUUACAACCAGACAUUUAAUAACCUGAUCUCCCAAGCCGGACAGAUGGUAACCUACGGUAUCCCAAACGACAUGAUCAAAAUCGCCGGUCCCAUCUCCGGGAUCAUCGUUGCACCCAUCAUCCAAAAAGGGCUAUACCCUUAUCUCACCAGAAAGAACAUUCCAUUCCGCCCAAUCACUAGAAUGGCAGUUGGGUUCUUCAUCCUGAUUCUUUCCAUGGUCUACGUCACCGUGGUUCAAAAACUCAUCUACAUGAGCGGACCAUGCUACGACAGACCUCUCGAGUGUCCCGCUGCAAACAAUAGCACUGUCCCCAAUCAGAUAUCGGUCUUCCUUCAAAUGCCAAUUUACUUCAGCAGUGCAUUGGCCGAGGUCUUUUGCAUGACUACGGGAACCGAGUAUGCCUAUAACAACGCGCCUGAUAGUAUGAAGACCUUGGUGCAGGCGAUUUGGCUCGCGAUGGCGGGAAUUGGAAUUUGUUUGGCUUUGGCGUUUACGCCAUUGACCAAAGACCCUCAUUUGGUCACCAUGUAUGGUAUCUUGGCGGGACUUUUGGGUGUGGCUACGAUCUUGUUGUGGGUGAUUUUCCGCCAUGUGGAUCAAGUGAAGGAGGGGACUGAGUGA